AUGGAAAUACAUUCUGUCUUAUGCAGAAAAGAAAAUGCUCAUGAAGACUCUAUAUGGGGUUGCGUUUGGGGUAGAAUUAGAAAAAAAAAAGACAAUUCGGGCAACGAUAAAGAGGAUUCUCAAGAUGGUUUGCCUGAAGAAGUUGACUAUGUUGUUACCGGUGGAGUAGACGAUUGUGUUAAAGUUUGGGUAUAUGAUGAUAAAAAAUUAAAAUUAAAUCACAAAUUGGAGGGGCAUUCUUUAGGAGUUGUAUCAGUGGCCCUAAAUUCAGAUGGAAGUAAAUGUGCAUCUAGUUCUAUGGAUUCAACUCUUUUUAUGUGGGAUGUAGUGACUGGAGAGAAAUUAGGUAGUAUAGAUGUCGGACCAGUAGAUAUAUGGACUGUAGCAUUUUCGCCCGAUGAUAAAUAUAUUAUAUCUGGUAGCCAUUUUGGAAAAAUUAACAUAUAUGGUGUAGAAUCGAAAAAGCAAGAACAAAAUUUGGAUACUAGAGGAAAAUUUACUCUAAGCAUUGCUUAUAGUCCCGAUGGGAAAUAUAUAGCCAGUGGAGCGAUUGAUGGUAUUAUAAAUAUAUUCGAUGUUGCAUCAGCAAAAUUAGUACACACUCUAGAAGGACAUGCUUUACCAAUUAGAUCUUUAUGUUUUUCACCUGAUUCACAGUUACUUUUAACUGCAUCUGAUGAUGGACACAUGAAAUUAUAUGAUGUACAACAUGCGAAUGUAGUGGACACAUUAUCUGGACAUGCUUCAUGGGUACUGAGUGUAGCAUUUUCACCUCACAACACUCAUUUUGUUUCAAGUAGUUCUGAUCAUUCGGUUAAAAUAUGGGAAUUAUCGACUAGAUCAUGCAUACACACCUUUUCAGAACAUCAAGAUCAAGUAUGGGGUGUGAAAUACAAUCCAGAUGGUGAUAAAGUUGUGUCAGUAAGUGAUGAUAAAUCAAUUAUUAUCUAUGAUUGUCCUUCGUAA